AUGCCAAGGCUUAAAAUAGAUGUUGAGAGAACAGCCCGUGUUUUUCCCCCCUCCUUCAGCAGCAACAGCGUCAGCAGCAACAGCAGCUGGGAGACAGAGAGAAAGAGGGAGAGGGAGAGAUGGCCGCCUAGAUCUUACUACCAGUCUCCCUUCCUUUCAGCUGAGAAAUCACAGCUUUGACAAAGAACCGACCGUGGGUCGAAGUAGCAGCAGAAACACCGCCCCAGCCCAGCCCCAACAAGAGCACCGGGAUGCGCCAGGGGGCUUGGCAUCAUCAAUGGCCUUCGCGUCCCGGUUUUCCAGGAGUGGAUCCAGGACUCCCAGCUGGAGGACUCAUGACGACACAGUCAGCCACCCCACCCUCAGCGUCUUUGAGCUGGAGAGGUUGCUGUACACAGGAAAGACCGCCUGCAACCAUGCCGAUGAAGUUUGGCCAGGACUAUACCUGGGAGAUCAAGAUAUAGCAGCCAACCGUCGUGAGCUGACACGCCUAGGCAUCAACCAUAUCCUCAAUGCUUCACACAGCAAGUGGCGGGGAGGCCCUGACUACUAUGAGGGCAUGGGCAUCUGCUAUCUGGGCAUCGAGGCACACGACUCGCCCACCUUUGACAUGAGCCCCUACUUUCAAUCUGCAGCUGAUUUCAUCCGCCAGGCUCUGAGCAAGAGUGGAGGAAAGAUCCUUGUUCACUGUGCCGUCGGGGUGAGCAGGUCAGCCACCCUGGUCCUCGCCUACCUCAUGAUUUGCCACCACAUGACCCUGGUGGAGGCCAUAAAGACCGUCAAGGACCACCGGUGAGGCACGCAUCCCCAAAUAGCUCUCUCUCUCUCUCUCUCUUUUGCUUUGUUGGCUGUGAUGGACAACUCCCUCAGGUCAAAGUGAAGACCGUGAGUGGGUGGGUCAUGGGGAAACCAUGUGUGAUCCAAAUCUGUCGGUGGGUGUGAGGCAUUUCUUACUGGGCCAGAUUUCAGGUCCUGGUAUCCCUGAGAUUUCAUGGAUCCUGCCCUACAGAAGCCCAAUUGUAAAGCUUCCCUGGCCUAUAAGGCCACCUGCCUUUAAUGUACCCAAUCUUAGCUUCAGGUGUCACUAAGAGGUGCUAGCCAGCUCAGGUUUCUGAAGGUCUUUCUUCUUCCCCCUUUGCUGGCUUUGAGAAUCCAUGGAACGAGAUUCUCCUAGGUGAUGUCUCAACCUGAGACUGGGGCAGAUUUAAGCUGCCUAAAUUUUUUAGGAGCUCUAUGUGACAUGGCCUGUUGCUUCCUCCUGAUUGCUUGUAACCUUUGUCAAAGAGUUUGGGUACCUUCCCCUCCCAAUGUAUUUUAUCUAUCAGAAUAAAAUCUUGCUGAGAUAAA